AUGCCCGAGCCUCUGCCCGGUGGCAGCAGCAACCAUGAACCAGACCAAGCUCCGCCGAUGAUCCCUGACGGCCUUCUGUCUUUCCCACAACUCUGCGCCAGCAUCCAUGACCGGGUCACCGCCUUCCUUGCCGAGGAUGCGCCAACGGAGCGCCUGAAGAGCGUGCAAGAGCAGACGCGAACAUCUUUGGGCGUGUUGGAAGAGGCUUUGGAGAGAUACAGUCUCUCCGAGCUCUCGCUUUCGUACAAUGGCGGCAAGGACUGCCUUGUACUCCUGGUACUCUACCUCUCCGCCCUGCACAGUAAAGGCUUGACCACCCUACCCGGCAGCGACGAGCAGCAUCCACAGAUACAAUGCGUGUACAUCCAAGCGCCUGAUCCCUUCAAGGAGGUGGAAGACUUUGUAGCCUCGAGUGCCGCAACCUAUUCCCUGUCGCUCGAGACCUACUCGAAACCGAUGAGGGCCGCGUUCGCCGAGUAUCUACAUGACAAGCCUACGGUCAAGGCGAUAUUCGUUGGCACUAGGAGAACCGAUCCGCAUGGCGCGAGCCUGACACAUUUUGAUCCGACCGACCAUGGCUGGCCGGAUUUCAUGCGCAUCCAUCCGGUGAUAGACUGGCAUUAUGCGGAAAUUUGGACAGUAUGA